CAUUUGAAUAUUCCUGCACCAGCUUCCAGAAGUUUCUUUCACCGAGUAUAUAUAGGCAUCUGCAAGCAACAUUUCUGCACCGAAGCAGCAUCGGAGAUAAGAAGAGGAGCGCCUCCGCACAGCUGUCCAAGACUUUCCCUGCAAGCAUGUGGGUGUCCAACCUUAUUGCUCUGUGCCUCGUGGCCGUCUCCGGUGAAGACAAAAAGCUGAGUAGCCAUGCAACCUCUAUGGCUGACACCAGCGCUAACCUGGCCUUCAGUCUCUACCACAAUGUCGCCAAAGAGAAGAACCUCGAGAACAUCCUCAUCUCUCCUGUGGUGGUGGCCUCCUCUUUGGGCAUGGUUGCCAUGGGCGGCAAAUCUUCCACCGCCUCUCAGGUGAAGAGCCUCCUGAAGGCUGAUUCCCUAAGGGACGACCACUUGCACACAGGUCUGUCCGAGCUUCUCCAGGAGGUGAGCGACCCACAGGCCCGCAACGUCACGUGGAGAAUCAACAACAGGCUUUAUGGCCCCAGCUCUGUGAGCUUUGCGGAUGACUUUGUGAAGAAUAGCAAGAAGCAUUACAACUAUGAACACUCGAAGAUCAACUUCCGCGACAAGAGAAGCGCUAUCAACUCCAUCAACGAAUGGGCCGCCAAGUCAACCGAUGGCAAGCUGCCAGAAGUUACCAAAGAUGUGAAAAACACAGACGGGGCUAUGAUCGUCAAUGCCAUGUUCUUCAAACCCCACUGGGAUGAGAAGUUUCACCACAAGAUGGUUGACAACCGUGGUUUCCUGGUAACUCGCUCCCACACGAUCUCUGUUCCCAUGAUGCACCGCACAGGUCUGUACGGUUUCCAUGAUGAUACACAGAACAAGCUCUACGUGCUAAACAUGCCUUUGGCACAUAAGAAGUCCAGCAUGGUUUUCAUCAUGCCCUACCAUGUGGAGCCUCUGGAAAGGCUGGAGAAACUGCUUACCCGCCAACAGGUGGACACCUGGCUCAGCCAUCUUGAGGAGAGAGCCGUCGCCAUCUCUUUGCCAAAAGUUAGCUUGGAAGUCAGCCAUGACCUUCAGAAACAUCUCGGAGAACUUGGUCUUACCGAAGCUGUUGACAAAUCUAAGGCGGAUCUGUCCAACAUUUCUGGCAAGAAGGAUCUUUACCUUGCCAAUGUCUUCCAUGCUUCCUCUUUUGAGUGGGACACAGAGGGAAACCCCUUUGACGCCAGCAUUUACAGCAGUGAGAAGAUCAGGAAUCCCAAGCUCUUCUAUGCUGACCAUCCCUUCAUUUUCCUUGUGAAAGACAACAAGACCAACUCCAUUCUAUUUAUUGGCAGGCUGGUUCGACCCAAGGGUGACAAAAUGAGAGAUGAAUUGUAGUUGCCAAGUCGUUUUAAUUGAAUUUUGUGAUGAUUAUCGUAUGGUUUGCACAUUCCAGUGAGUAAUCCGUGUAUGGUGAACUGUAGUUCAGAAAGUAAAUUUUUGGGUAAUGAAAAAAAUGUAACAAGCUGGUUUUCACCAUAUCACCUACAAGUAUGCCAUCAUUUGACAUCAAUCAUGUAGAUUAUUCAGUCACAUACUAUGCUUAUAUUAAGCGUAGUGCUGUUAACGUUAGGAUGUGGUAUUGUGAAAUUUACGAGUGCGCUUGUAGAACCUUUCUUCAUGAGCAUGUGACAUCUGUGUAGUGUUAUUUAUUUUGCCUUAUCUUUAACGUUUAAAGGGAGAGGGCAUGUCUGAAGCGUUUCUCAAGCUCAUUUGGUAGAUUUCACUUAUACCCAACAACAUAGAACUCUGUUGUCCAACCUGUCUUCCAAUCCUUUCAAUAUGUCAAAUUAUGUCAUGUUAGGUUGUUUCAUAAGUGUUUACGAUAUGGAUUUUUUUCUUUUCACUUUCAUUUUGUUUAAUGUUUUUUUUCCAAUAAAUUCCAAUAAAAAACUUUUUUUCUCA